UUCCUGAUCCAUCGAAUGCCAGUGCAUGUGAAGCACUCCUAUUCUCAUCUCUUCUUUCCAAAUGGGCUGGCCUCUUCUGUUACCUUACACCAAUCAAUAAUUCAAGCCCCACAGUUUCACAUGCAUCUGGUACUCCUUCCUUUCAUUACCCAUUAAAAAGGUUUCAUUAUUAGCACUUUCUCUUCUCACUUCUCACCCAUCAACACCACCCAGCUGCCAAUGGAAUCCUUUUCUUUGAUCACCAUCUCUAUAGCUCUCUUUUGCAUUGCAAAUUCAUGGGCAGCAAGAUAUCAACCCAGAGAAGAGUCAAGCGAUGAUUUUAUUAGAAGUUCAUGUGAGGUUACGAGGUAUCCAGAGCUUUGUUACAAAACUCUCUCAGCUUAUUCAAGUACCAUCCAGAAUGAUCCUUUACAACUAGCCAAUGCAGCUCUCAAUAUCUCCCUGGAAAGUGCUGAAUCCACCUCAAACAUUGUGGCAAACAUGCUGAAAGCGCACAACGUAGGGCCUAAAGAAGCCGGAGCCAUAAGAGACUGUGUGGAGAACGUGAAAGAUUCAAUUGAUGAACUCAAGCAAUCUUUGGUGGCGAUGAAGAAUCUGGAAGGCCCUGAUUUUGAGAUGAUAAUGAGAAAUAUACAGACAUGGGUAAGUGCUGCAUUGACGGAUGAAGAUACUUGUUUGGAUGGUUUUGAAGGGAAUUUUAUGAAUGGGAAAGUUAAGAACAGUAUAAGGAGCCACAUUAAAAAAGUUGCUCAGCUAACUAGCAAUGCAUUAGCUCUCGUUAAUAAGCUUGUUAAUUAAUUAGCCACAUAUUUCUGCUAAAGGUGUUCCUACGUCUGUGUGUAUACAUAACUCUUUUAAUAACCCAUUUAUCUUUAGCUUAUUCAUCAA